GUCUCUGAGGGGGACCGCCUGAUCCACCCCUCUGCGCAGCGCGCCCUGGGCCACGCCCUGGGGGCGCGCGUGCUGUCCCUCAACAUCGGCCACAUGGGCAUAGCCCCCGUGGCGGGGCGCUUCAGGAGGGAGCUCGUGGAGCACUGGGCCGCGGCAGAGGUGCUGGCGCGCACGCGCGGGACCCCGUGA